CCUCAGCGAAGAAGCGAACAUGGUUGCUACUUAAUCACGUAGCGGAGUUUGCGUGUUUUGUUUAUGUCGUACGUUUCAUACGGUUACCAUAUCGGAACAAAACCGUUUUAUCUUUACAGUAAGAACUAUGGGGAAAAGGGAAAAAGGAGACCGAGACAGAAAGUCCAAGAAACGUUAUCACGACGACGACGACGACGACGAGGAAGCGACGAGGAGCGAGUCUCAGGAAGCCAUUCCCACAGCGGCCGGCAAGCAAGUCGACGAAGCCACGACUAAACACGACGAGUAUGGCGCGAAGGACUACCGUAUACAGAUGUUACUGAAGACUGACCACUCCUCUCGCCCACUGUGGGUGGCACCCGAUGGCCACGUCUUUCUGGAGGCAUUCUCUCCGGUGUAUAAGUAUGCUCAGGACUUCCUGGUGGCCAUCGCUGAGCCUGUGUGCAGGCCCACCCACGUGCACGAGUACAAGCUGACUGCCUACUCGCUGUACGCGGCCGUGAGCGUUGGACUGCAGACCUCCGACAUCGUGGAGUAUCUGCAGAAACUGAGCAAGACAUCGGUGCCUGAUGGCAUCGUUCAGUUUAUAAAGUUGUGCACUGUGAGCUACGGGAAAGUGAAGCUGGUACUGAAGCACAACAGGUAUUUCGUGGAGAGUGUCUUCCCAGACGUGAUUCAGAGACUGCUCCAGGACCCCGUGAUUCGAGACUGCCGACUCCGCACCGCUGAAGGGGGGGAGACCGAGCUUAUCACAGAGAUCAUCUCCAGCAAACCCGCAAUCUCUAGGUCUCUGCAGGACAGCGGGGGUGCGUCUACGUCCCAGCCUGCGGACGCCAAAGGCUCAGCUGCCCAGGUCCCCGAGGACAUCUUCAGCUACUACGAACAGAUGGACAAAGAGGAGGAGGAAGAGGAGGAGACACAGACGGUGUCGUUUGAGAUCCGCCAGGAGAUGAUCGAGGAGCUUCAGAAGCGCUGCAUCCAGCUGGAGUAUCCGCUGCUGGCCGAGUAUGACUUCCGCAACGACACGGUGAACGCCGACAUCAACAUGGACCUGAAGCCCACCGCCGUGCUCCGCCCCUACCAGGAGAAGAGCCUGAGGAAGAUGUUCGGCAAUGGGCGUGCUCGCUCCGGGGUCAUCGUGCUGCCCUGCGGUGCCGGGAAGUCCUUGGUGGGGGUGACGGCGGCGUGCACGGUACGCAAGCGCUGCCUGGUGCUCGGUAACUCCUCCGUCUCCGUGGAGCAGUGGAAGUCCCAGUUCAAGAUGUGGUCCACCAUCGACGACUCGCAGAUCUGCCGCUUCACCUCUGACGCCAAGGACAAGCCCAUCGGCUGCUCGGUGGCCAUCAGCACCUACUCCAUGCUGGGCCACACAACUAAGCGCUCGUGGGAGGCUGAGCGCGUCAUGGAGUGGAUGCGCAGUCAGGAGUGGGGUCUCAUCAUCCUGGACGAGGUGCACACCAUCCCAGCGAAGAUGUUCCGGCGUGUUCUGACCAUUGUGCAAGCCCACUGCAAGCUGGGCCUCACCGCCACGCUCGUGCGAGAGGAUGACAAGAUCGUCGAUCUCAACUUCCUCAUCGGGCCCAAACUGUAUGAGGCCAACUGGAUGGAGCUGCAGAACAGUGGCUACAUUGCCAAAGUGCAGUGUGCUGAGGUGUGGUGUCCUAUGUCCCCAGAGUUCUACCGUGAGUAUGUGGCCAUAAAGACCAAGAAGCGUAUCCUGCUAUACACAAUGAAUCCAAACAAGUUCCGCGCCUGCCAGUUCCUGAUCCGCUUCCACGAGAGGCGCAAUGAUAAGAUCAUCGUCUUUGCCGACAACGUCUUCGCACUCAAAGAAUACGCCAUCCGCCUCAACAAGCCGUACAUCUAUGGACCCACGUCGCAGGGCGAGCGGAUGCAGAUCCUGCAGAAUUUUAAGCACAACCCCAAGAUCAACACCAUUUUUAUCUCCAAGGUAGGAGACACAUCGUUUGACUUGCCUGAGGCAAAUGUCCUGAUUCAGAUCUCCUCUCACGGAGGCUCUCGCCGUCAGGAGGCCCAGAGGUUGGGCCGGGUGCUCCGUGCCAAGAAAGGAAUGGUCGCUGAGGAGUACAAUGCUUACUUCUACUCACUUGUGUCUCAGGACACACAAGAGAUGGCCUACUCUACCAAGAGACAGCGUUUCCUGGUGGACCAGGGGUAUAGCUUCAAGGUAAUCACCAAGUUGGCAGGUAUGGAGGAGGAGGACUUGAUGUUCUCCACACGUGACGAGCAGCAGCAGCUCCUGCACAAGGUUCUCGCGGCGUCUGACCUUGACGCCGAGGAAGAGGUGGUCACGGGAGAGAUGGGAGGGAAAGCUCAGUUCUCUCGUCGGUCUGGCACCAUGAGCUCUAUGUCGGGCGCGGACGACGCCGUCUACAUGGAGUACCAGGCGUCCCGCAGCAGCAAGCUGGCAGCCAGCAAAAACGUGCACCCUCUGUUCAAACGCUUCCGCAAGUGACCUGCCUCAGACUCUGCCCCCUGACUGCGGGGUCUCAGACCCCGCCCCCUGCCUAGACAUGUGUGGAACAAGAUUUCUGUGAGCUGGGGAAGGGAGCGUGAUGGCAUUACGAAUGUGGUUGUUCUCUGGAAGGCUUUAGCAGAGACACCAAAGGACUAAUUGGAGGGGGAAACAAAAUGAAAAAAGAUGAUCCAAGAACACUGGGUAGUGUUGCCAAAACCGGAACCCUGGUGGGCCACAGCAUUGCAUAAAACCAAACCAGUUUCCCAAUGGGACGAGAACAUUGAUCCUGAAAGUUAAUCGAGCUACGUUGUUUAAAGGUGAUGGUACAAGCAACACAUUGACUUUUCGUCUAAAAGUUAACAUGACUAUCACUGCAGUGGAUCUGGAGGCUCUCAGUUCAAACCAGCAACAAAUGUUGGAGUUCGUUACAAAAUGUAUCGUGUGUUGUAAAAGGGGAAACUUGUGUAGUGUUGCAUUUCCCUGUGGACUCGAUUGGAUAAAAGAUAUGUAGCUGAAACAUGUUCCAUGUGGACAGUUGGUUUUGUAUUGUGUAUGACUGACUUUAAUGUCAUUAAGAAAAGUAAAUAAAAUCUGUAUUUGUAAUAUGAA